UUGCAAACAUUUGGGCACACGCCUCAUCUUCGGGUUCCAACGGAACUGUAUCCAAUCGGUUUUGGCUGGGAAGAGAAGGACACGAUAUUCCACUCCAAAUGGUUCGAGGGUGAGCAGCUACCUUCUUCUUUGGGAGAUAUAACCAUUGAUGAUGAUAAACAAAGUACUGCAGAUGAUGACGAAGAUAUUUCGAGGGUCGACAUCAAUUGCAUCGAUAAUGAAAGCGACAACGAGUUCGAUGGAAAUGAAUCCCAAGAUGGCGAAUUCUUAUAUAUUCGUAUAUUAUUUUGUUAUUUUGUGCGUAAUAGCAUAAUAUGUUUCUUUAUUUUUAUUUUUAGUUUAUGUUAUGUAUAUGUAUGA